AUGCUGUUGGUUGUUGCUCGUGCGAUAAAGCCAAUUCCCCAAUUUAAAUUACAUCAUCCCUUAUCAAUAAUCACAUCGAGAAGAUUUCAAUCAACCAAAUCAGAUGAAGUUGCAGAUAAAGUAUCAUCACUGAUUCCUAAUAAAAAUUCAAUAUUUGUCAUUUCAAUCCCAAUAACUACUUCAAAGUCAUAUAUUUAUUGCAACCAUAGACCUUCUACUUUAUCACCUAAACAAUUGGCUAAUAUUCCAUUUAUUUAUAAGCUUGAAGGUAAAUUUGUCAAACUUGCAUCUAAAGGAUGGUCAAAAUUAUCCAAUUCUAAACAAAAAGUCAAUCAGAAAAUUGUUGAUUUGGUUAAACGAUUAUUGGCUACUAUUCCAUAUGAAGAAAAUUGUCUAAGAUCAUUUCCAAGUAAAGCUACAAUGAUUAGAGAAAUUAAUGAAGAAUCAUUACAUUUAGUAACUGAUGAAAAAGAUCAUAAAGUUGUACCUGGUCAAUAUGAUGAUUUGAAAAUUGAUACUAAUCAAUUGAAACCAAUUCCAUUAUAUCAUCCACAAUUUCAAAAACCUUCAACUAUUUUAACUCAAUUGUAUUCAUUUGAAGAAGAAACUAAGAAAAGACAUACACGACAAGCUAUUUUAUGUGCUAUUGGUAUACCAAUAACUUUACCAUUUGCAAUUCUACCUGUUGUUCCAAAUGUUCCAGGUUUUUAUUUAGCUUACAGAUUGUAUUGUAAUAUUAAAGCAUUACUUGGAAUUCAACAUUUGGAUUAUUUAUUGGAGAAUAAACAACAUACAGAACAUGAAGUUGCCGAUGAAACAACUGUUAAUGAUACAUCUCAUAUUACAUUCAAAUCAGUCGAUGGACUUGAUCUGUUGUAUGCUAAAUAUAAUGAAUCCAGGUUAUUGUUGAAUGAAUUAGUUCAAGAAGAAGAAACGGUUAUUAUAAAUGAAGAAAUCAUUGAAGAAUUGGUUGAGAAAUUAGGAUUAACCAAUUUGAAGGAAGAUUUAUUAAAAGCUUAUAAGCAAGAAACCAAAAGAUUAAACAAGGACAUUAAAGUAGAUGAUCAAGUUGAAUAG